GCAGGAAGCCCACAAUCGUCCACAUCUGCUGCCACUCCACAGGUGAUGUCUUUAGCGCAGGCACUGCGCAUGCCCCUUAAGGGCCAGAGCGAGACGGCUGGGCCACAAGCCCAGGAGCGGCCGGUGGCCUCGCCGCAGCACCGCAACCGAACGGUGCGCAACCUCGGCCUGCCCUCGAAGUCGCUGGAGCCGCAGAAGGUGAUGCUUCCUGGUGCGGUGGGCAGCCCACCAGGACUUGGCGCCACAGCUGCAGCCGCGUUGGCCGCCAUGCGUGCCCAACUGGGGUCCCCCCCGGGCCUGGAGGUCGAGGCCGCGGAGGGCGAAGAGGCCGAUGACCUCGAAGAGGAGGAAGAGUCUGCAGGAAUGGACGCCACGCCCGUGAUCAACGCAGAUGCAUCCCCUGAGAGCCGCCUUGCACUGUCUCCCACGGUCGCUGGCUGUGAGUCGGAUGCGGAGGGCGACUCCCAAAAGCUGGGCGAACGGAACACCGUCGACUUCUCCAACAGCUUCGAGUUGCACAGGAGCUUGGAGCAGCUGAUCCGCUUGCGAGCCGAGGGCGUCCGGGGCUUCAAAGCGAUUCAAGUCGACUCCGCUGCCUUGUGCUUUUGGCUUCUCCGGGCCGAAGCCGCAGAGGCCGAGACCUCAAGGCUCCUGCUUCCCGUAGAUCGAGCAGGGGUCGAGCUGCGGCUUCCACCGCGCAGGCUCAAAGAAUUGGACAUGGCUGUCCCUUACCUUGCCUACUGCAUGGGUCAGCCGAGAACCGUAGCAGAAAGGGCUUCACUUUUGUUGUAG